AUGACAUUUUCCACCUCUUCAUCAAGAGUAGCAUCAACUACUCAAGUGCCAACAACUACAACCACAACCACAACAAAUACUACUCCAUCAUUCACAUUAGGUCUAGUUCGUUGUAAAGAAAAUGAUAAGAUACUAUUAAUAAACAGGGAACAACCACCACAUUUAGGUAAAUGGUUUGGAAUAGGUGGAGAAAUCAAAGAUACUCUGAUAUCACCAUUAGAUAGUUUAAAUAUACAAAUAAAUAAUCAAUCAGGAUUAGAUUUGAAUAAUUUUAUAAAUCGAGGAAUAUUAAAAUGGGAAAUAUAUUCAAAAGAAGAUAAUCAAGAUAAAUCAAAUAAUUCUAAAGUAUCAAAAUAUGAAGAAAAAAUUCAUAAAAUUUUCCAUAAAAACCUAAAGAAUUUAAAUAUUCCAGUAAGUGGAUCAUUAUAUAUUUUCACAUCAGAUAUAUCAUUAAAACAAUAUGAAAAUUAUAGAACUCCUUUAAAAUAUAAUGAAGAUAUGGGGAUAUUAGAUUGGAAAUCUUUUGAUUGGUGUUUAAAUGAAUUUAAUUAUGGAAUUGUUGAUUUUUUAAAAUUUUUAUUACCUAUUGUUUUUAAUAGUAAUGAAAAUGAUUUAUUUAUUGUUAAAUAUUAUGAUUUGGAUUUAAUUGAAACUUUAUAUAAACCUGGUGAUGCUAUAGAUGUAUCAACAUGGUAA